GUGCGUGCGUGCGUGUGUGUGUGUGUGAAGAAGAAGAACAAAUGCUGAAGAAUAGGAAUAAUAAUAGUAAUAAUGGUAAUAAUAAUGAUGAUAAUAAUAAGGGCAGGUGUGUUUUAGGAAGUGUUAAAGUGAGAAGGCUGGAGAGCCGCGACGGAUUGGCUGUUCACACACACACACACACACACAGGCAGGGGCUCGAGACACAACCAGGGGCAGGUCGGCACGCAGAGGAAACCAUCACCGUUUCAAUGGAGAGAAAGUAAGAGCCCCCCGAAAGGGGCCGCUAGCCUCACUGUCAAGAAUAUGGGCUCAGGUUUCUCGGCCUAGUGCUGCCGCUCUUGCUCAUACUCAUGCUGCUGCUGCUGGGAUUUGCUGAGGCUGAGGUUCUCUCACUAAUUUGGGAAAAAGGCCAUUUGGACUGCAAAAGCGCAGGGUUUUCGGUGUCCCCGAGCGCGAGCGGCAGGUCAAGGUUUUCUUUAAGAUAAGUGGCAGAUUCGGAUGCUCGGAUCAUCAGCAGUCCUCCAGAAGAGCUGAAAAUCCUCAUCACAUGGAAACCGUCACCCAUCUUCAUCAAGGUGCCUGGCCUCAAGUCCAACCGUCAAGUCUCACUUCCACUUAGUGGCGCAGAACCAAGGACUACUGACUCAGGAUUCCAGUUCCUUGAGACCUUCAUGGAUAACUUCCUGGAUCUGCUUUUCACAUCCAAGGAUCCACAAGGGCCAUAGGAAUGAGUUGACUCCAUGGCACUUGAAGCUUGCUGACCCAUUUCUACAAAACAUGGACACAGCUUUGCCUGACAACAGAACUGACAAUAACACUCGCAUGUCUCCUCCCAGUCCAGCGUUCAGCCUCGAUUCGUCCAGUCCAUUUGCAAAUGGAUUACACUUUGAGUCAAUUUUGUUUGAGGAUGAGGAGGAAGAUGAGGACACCGGCCCAAGGUCUUCACACGAAAAGCCUUGUAGCAGCCCUGUAAAUGAGAUUGCUACAUCUACAAAUCCAAAGCAAAAAUUCACCAUUUUUGAUAGACACCAUCAUCUGUCUAAAGGCAAAAGAAGAACCAAGGCCUGUAUGUCUAUGAAAAAAUAUGAAAACCACAAGGAAGAGUCAGAUGGCGACCGCGAUCCAGCCUCACUGGAGUGCAUCCAUGAUGACGUUACGAUGAUAAACAACUCAAAGUCAAAGGCUCUUCCACCAGUAAAGUACCUCGAAGGUGAAGUGAUAUGGGCCAAGUUCAACCGUAGACCAUGGUGGCCAUGUCGCGUGACCAUCAAUCCUGCGUUGGAAACGUAUCACAGAAUAAAAGAGCCGAGUGAUAAUCCCUAUCGUCAGUAUUACAUCAGGACUUUUGGGGAACCUGAGGAACUGGCCUGGGUUUCUGAGAAAGCCAUACAUCUAUUUUUUGGUGAAUAUCAGUUCUACACUCUUCCUGGUCCAAAGAGAGGGGUACCCAAGCGGUUUCUCAGCUCUUGGAGUUGUAGUGUAGCUGAGGCUGAGGCACAUUUCCUGGAUAAGCCCAAGAUACAUAUUAUAGCUUCGGAAUUCACAGAAAAGAGUCCAGUUGAUGAAAACACAAAAGGUCAAGAAGACAAGGUAUCUAACUCCACGUUGCUCUUGGGAAUUCCUGGAAACGGUUGCCAAGCCAAUGGGAAGAUUUCCCAUAAAGACCAAAACAUUCUGAUUAAGCCGAAAUGCACAAAGAAGCAAAGGAAGUCCUCAGAAGUGUUUUUUACCAAGUAUGACAAAUUCGUCUGUGAAAAGACUGAGACAGAAGAAGUGGUGGAUAGUCCCUAUUCCGACAUCGACUCUGUGCCGCAAAUCCGCCGAUGUCCCAAAGGCAGUGGCCGACCCUCACCGAAUUCCACUACUGAUCAGCCUGGAAGACAAGUCACAAGCCAAAAUGAGAAAGAAGCAAAGAAAAAUAUCGAAGUCCAGGGUGGUUUGUGGUUCAGCAAAGCUGGAAAAGGACAAACCAGUGGGGUGUUUAGUCGUGCAGGAAUUAAAUCUGUUAAUUGCUCCUUUGGUAAAGUAUCAUGUAAGAUCAAGAUACCUGAGUCGGCAAGUCUGAAGUCCAAAGACAACCAAGUCACAGGAUGUGAAAAUCAAUCUGUCGAAGCCAAGAAGACUCUUGACAAUCGAGUUGCAGGUCUUCCAGCAAGCAGUCGAUUGAUGACCAGAGCACUGAAAGCCAUGGAAGACUCUCAGCUCCAGGAACCUUCUAGCCAAGAUCUUCAACAAACUUUGCCAAGUGGUGAACCCGAGAAUGAUGCACAUGCUACAAAAUGCGAAAAGACAAAAGUAAAACCGACCCACCAGAAACUUUCAGCAGGGCCAGAUGUAAGCUCUAAUGCCAAUCCCAAGGCAUCUCUAGAUCCGUCUGAUUUGCAAGACAGCGAAUUUGCUGUCAAAUCAGAAGACGAAUCUUGUGUGAUAUCUUCUGAACCAGUUGGUUUCAAUGCAUCAAAACUGAAACAAGAGAAUAAAGUGUCUGAGGUGUCAGUGUUUUCGACGGCAUCUCCAUUUCAUGUGAAUAUACAAGACAAUGAAGACAUGAAAGAAAUAACCUUCAAGUCACUGGAAAAUGAAGAAAAUGGAAAGUCCACAUUUCAUCCAGACGCAAAGUAUAAAUAUAGCACAUUCCUGAUGCUGUUAAAGGAUAUACAUGACAGUCGAGAAAAAGAUGGCCGACCCUUGGUCAUGGAACCUUUACCAAUAAAAAAUCUCAUUAAAGAAGAGCCGUCCAUGAUUUCAGAAAAUGAUCUAAAAAGACGCUUCAGUUGUGUUAAAGAUGAUAACAACCACUACACAUUGCCAGGUCUUAAGAAGUACGGACAGAGCAAAGCUUCGAGUUUUAAGUUCAAACAAAACAAAACAAAUCCAAAGUUUGGUCCUGACAUGAGAGAAGCCAAUGGUUGUGUGUCUCCGCAAUGCCAGAGAAUUUCUCCUGUACCAAAAUCUGUUAAAAAACCAAGCAAAAAAAGUCAACCUGUUGUGAAGAAGAGCCUUAACAUUUUUGUACCUUCUGAUUUGUCAACACAUGCGUGUAGCAGGAAGUCGGAUAACAUGCCGAUCACCAAGUGCAAACUCUUCGCUGAGGACUCGGAGAAUAGUUUUUUUGGCAGCGUACCGAAAAAACGCUGGCAGAAGUUUGGACAGGACGAUGAAAAGGUGUCGCAAAAGGCAGAGAUCAGAAGUGACCAAGGACCAGGACAACCGCAGAUGUUGCCUUCAGAAGAGAAAAGGGAUGUAGAGCCUGGUGCUGAAAAGACAACUUCAUCUUCAGCAUCAGCAAAAGACAUAUCCAUAAACACAGCCAACAUAACUCCGAAUACCUGUGAGGUUUCUAGUUUCCCCACAGAGAGCAAACGUAUCCGAAAGCCAAGCAAAAGACUCAUCGAAUGGACGGAGGAAUACGAUCACAUAUUUGCCACGAAGAAGAAAGCAAAAAAGCAACCGGAAUCUUUGCAGAAGGUUAUUAAAAAUCGUUCCGACAAUAUCACUGAGAAAUCUUCAGGCAUACAGCAACAUCAAGGAGCAAUACAACCUGUGCCGAACCCCUUACCAGAAAUUCAGACUCCUCCCCCUGAAGAGAGGUCUAAGACUCCUCCCAUGAUAGAAAAUACUCCAUGUCAAGAGAAUCAGGUUAUGGCUGUAGACACACUAACUCCGCCUCCGGAAACAGAAACCUCCCCAUACGGAGAAAAUUGUUUUAAGGAACAACUUCUGGUUCAGAAUUGCUCCAUCACUGGUGACGGCGUCUGUUUAAGCACAAAAAGGCAAAGGAAACCCACCAAGAAAAUUCUAGAGAGUUCAAUCGAAGCUGAACCAAUUCUGGCGCCAAAAAAGAAGGUGAAAUCCCAGAGGAACAGUUCUUCAGGACAUGCUGCUCAUUCAGGCUUUGGGCAAUCAAAAAGUAAGAGCAAGCAGCCUGCUGUAUCCACUCCUGAAGAGAAUGUUCCAAUUUCAGCGAGUACAGAGAGGGAGGCAGAUAUCAUUCCUACGAACCCUGACGCACUCAACCCUGAGACAGCCAAGGACGGCAAAUGCACUCUGGAAUCUGAGAUAUUUGACCCCAGUGAUGACUGCUCUGAGAUGAAAAACGAAUCUGCUGAUAACAGACUUUCACUGGAGAAAGGGAGUGGCGUAGUACUGAAGGACAGUGUUUGUCAGGUUUGUGAGAAACGGGGAGAGCUGCUUCUGUGUGAAGGCCAGUGCUGCAGUACAUUCCACCCACAAUGUGUCGGCCUGACUGAGGCUCCAGGCGGGAAGUUUCUGUGUCAGCAGUGCACAUCUGGCAUCCACGAAUGUUUCAUGUGUAAGAAGCUGGGAGACGACGUGAGGCGCUGCAUGGUUCCUUCCUGCGGGAAGUUCUACCAUGGAGAGUGUGUUGCCAGCCACGCCCUCACAGUGCCUUUACACCGAGGCUUCCGCUGCUCCCUCCACGCUUGUCUCGCCUGCUUCAUCACCAACCCGAACAACCCGUCCAUUUUUAAAGGUCGACUGAUGCACUGCGUCAGAUGCCCCGUGGCAUACCACGCUAGUGAUUACUGCAUCCCUGCAGGCAGCGUCAUCUUGUCCACUCACAGCAUCGUCUGUCCAAACCACUUCAUGCCACGAAAGGGCUGCCGCAAUCACGAACACGUCAAUGUCAGCUGGUGCUUUGUUUGCUCCGAAGGAGGUAGUUUGCUCUGCUGCGAGUCCUGUCCAGCGGCUUUUCACCGCGAGUGUCUGAACAUCGACAUGCCUGAGGGCAGCUGGUUCUGUAACGACUGUCGAGCCGGGAAGAAACCGCACUACAGAGAAGUGGUGUGGGUAAAAGUGGGUCGAUAUAGAUGGUGGCCUGCAGAAGUUAGCAACCCGAAGGACAUUCCAGAAAAUAUCCUGCGAAUGAGGCACGACGUCGGCGAGUUUCCAGUCCUUUUCUUUGGUUCCAAUGACUACCUGUGGACCUACCAGGCCCGGGUUUUUCCGUACAUGGAAGGAGACGCGAACAGCAAAGAAAAAAUGGGAAAGGGGGUUGACUCCAUUUAUAGGAAAGCUUUGGACCGGGCUGCUGAAAGAUUCCGAGAACUGCAGGCAGAGAAGGAACUCCGGCAGCUCCAGGAGGACAGGAGGAAUGACAAGAAGCCUCCUCCUUACAAGCACAUUAAGGUGAACCGACCGAUCGGCAAAGUGCAGAUCAUUACAGCCGAUUUAUCCGAGAUCCCACGCUGCAACUGCAAGGCGACGGACGAGAACCCGUGCGGCAUGGACUCAGAGUGCAUCAACCGCAUGCUGCUCUACGAAUGCCACCCUCAGGUCUGCCCGGCUGGGGAGAGUUGCCAGAACCAGUGCUUCACUAAGCGCCAGUACUCGCAGGUGGAAAUCUUCAGGACGUUGUCUCGAGGCUGGGGCCUGCGCUGCUGUCACGACAUCAAGAAGGGCGCGUUUGUAAGCGAGUACGUCGGCGAAGUGAUCGACGAAGAGGAAUGCCGAGCUCGGAUCAAGAACGCGCAGGAGAAUGACAUCGGGAAUUUCUACCUGCUGACACUAGACAAGGACCGGAUAAUAGACGCCGGACCCAAAGGAAACCAGGCCCGGUUCAUGAACCAUAGCUGCCAGCCAAACUGCGAGACCCAGAAAUGGACUGUAAAUGGAGACACCCGGGUUGGACUGUUCGCCCUGGUGGACGUUGCUGCAGGCACUGAGCUGACGUUUAAUUACAACCUUGAGUGUCUGGGUAACGGGAAGACUGUGUGUAAAUGUGGGGCACCGAACUGCAGCGGCUUUCUAGGUGUAAGACCAAAGAAUAACCCUCCUCCAGAUGAUAAGGGCCGUAAGAUGAAGAGGAAAGCUUAUGCAAAGCGCAAGUCGCAGCAAGAGCUAACGAAGGAGCGAGAAGACGAGUGUUUCAGCUGUGGAGAUGCUGGACAGAUGGUUUCAUGUAAGAGACCUGGGUGUCCAAAGGUUUAUCACGCAGACUGUCUCAACCUGACCAAGAGACCUGCAGGGCGUUGGGAGUGUCCGUGGCACCAGUGUGACCUGUGUGGUCAGGAAUCCGCCUCGUUCUGCGAGAUGUGCCCCAGUUCGUACUGUGUGGAGCACCGCGACGGCAUGCUCUUCAUCUCCAAGCUGGACGGCCGUCUGUCCUGCAGCGAGCACGAUCCGUGCGGUCCCGAGCCUCUAGAACCCGGCGAGAUCCGUGAAUACGUCCCAGAACACAUCAACGUCUACCCGGUGAAGGCUUUACAACUUUAUCAAAACCCAGCAUGUCAAACCAGUCAGCUUCCUCAAACUUCCGAUGCUCUGCUCGUGUCCUCGAGCCCUCCUUCCAGUCCUUCACUAGCGAUCGCUUUUAACAGCAUGUACUCGCCCAUAUCCUCCUUCGGAGAAGAAGAAAACUCAGUGGACCAGGACGACGAUGACAUAGAAGAUGACGAUGGGAGAAUUAUAGAUGAAGCUGAAGAACACACUCAGUCAGAAACAUGCGAUAAAAGGGGUGUGAAAGUGACGCUGACUGUAUGAAUUAGACAUGAAUUAGACUAGGGAUUUUCUUCUUCACUACAGAAACGUAGGAAACAGCCGUAGUGGAAAGGAGCGGCUGGAAUUCGUCGCUGCUUACUAGGAAAAUGGAUCCACCUUGAUGGAUUUAGUCAAUUGUUUUUUUAUUCUGAGGUUCUUAGAUUUGCACUCUUCGCAAUUUACAGUUAGACGUGCAAAACACGAGACUUUGAAGAACGAGUUACUUCGAAACGUGGUUUGUUUGGAAGAAAUAGAAAGAGUUAGGAAAUAACUGACGUUUGGGACAAAAGCCACGUCUGAAACUCCACCUCGAUCCUAAGAACUGAAGAACAAAUUCCCUUUUGUUCCUCGCGACAAAGUUUUUGCACUCACCACUUUUAUAUCUUGUCCGUAUGAGCCCUGGUUGGCUACCAUCGAGCAAAAAUAUCACAAUGGCUGCUGUCCUGUUUUACCAUCACUCGAUCAACCGAAGGCCUGGUCUGCACUUACACUUUACGCUUUACACUUUACCAACCACUUUUUAAAAAAUCUUAAAGAGAUUCAGAUUAUUUAAAAAGUCCCCUAAGAGAGAAGACAGUUUGUUUGAUUAAUUUAUUAUUUCCCUCCAAGAAAAAUAGUUUGUUUUGCACAUUACGGCUGCUCAUAAACUGUAACAUCAAGGCACGGAAAACACUCAAAGAUCAAAUAUAGGAUCGAUCAUCAACACUGGAUACGCGAACCAUGACCCUCUUCGAUGGUGUGCAUCCACUGUUUGACUUUAUAAUGCCUUAUAAACGUCACGUAUACUCGCUGAUCACAAAUCGUGUUAAACGUGAUCAUUUUUAACAUCAGGUGUAGGUCAAGUUAAUCAGUUACACAAUACAGUGUGUUGUUGUUAUUAUGGUCUUAUCAUCACCAGCCCUGGGUUUUAAUCGAGGCAGCAAUUAUGGGCAGCGUUUGUGCGCCGGAGAUAAACCUCGUCAUGCUCGGCUGGAUCAAAAACUCCACCCUGAAACCUCCUUAGCACUGCUAGUGUUGAAUCAUCAGCUGAUGUUUUUCUUGUGAGAAAUUUACAAUCACUCUGACGUUAUCGCUAAGAGACGGAAAUUCAACCAUCACGAACGUAAGGGUUUCACCGCUAGCUCCUAAAAACAAGAGCUUAUUUUCUCACUGGCCGUUUUUUCAGCAGCAUUUGGAAAUUUCAUGUCAUGUCAUGUCACGUCAAUGAGAAAUGGAGCAUCGGAGCAGUGGAGAUGUUGGCACAAACGCUGGACUCGUAGCAUCCCAGAAUGCAAUGCAGCAAUAAUCAGCUAGUUGGCAAACUACGUGAACUACGCGAUGACAUAUUAGCAAGAAAGUUGUAGCUUUAGAACUUUAUCUGCAUGACCUGAGUGGACAGAUUUAAGGAGGAGGUGACGGAGCAAGACAGACUGAAGUACUCAAGCGCCGCUGCAUCGCUUUCUUUCAAUAGAGAUGAAGCAAGGGAGGGCGACAACUCCCAGCAGGUUGUUAGACAGCAGUGUGGGUAACGGAGAUGACCGCUAACAACUGAAAAUAGAGCAGCAUGCUGAUGAGCGAGGUUUUAAGCUAAAGAAAAAAAGUCAAGAAUUUCAUUCCAAAAUAAAUGAAAAAAUCGAGGAUACUCUUGAAGAUCACAUGUUAAUGAUCAAAAGUCGUUCCAGGCGGAUUUUUCCUUUUCCUUUGUUUUUUUUUGAAGCAUCUCAAAGACAUCCAUGAGGUCUGAACUCGUCCACUCUUUUCAGAAAUAUAAGUAAACGCAUAAGGCCAUCCUUAAAAAAAAUCCGUUUCCUGUCCACCGGGUGAGCAA